UUAACUAGUAAGACUUUUAUCAAAUCAUUUACAUAUUAUUCUAUAUCAAAUCGUAUAUUUAGAAGAUUGUUAGAUAUCAUGAAGAGUAUCGUGUUCUUUGCUUUUUUCCUGAUAUGUGCUUAUACACAAGCAACUAUUCCAGAUGAUAGAGUUGCAGCAAUGGCCAUGGAUAUAGGUUUAUCAACAAAAGAUUUCCAAUCAUGUUUAAAUAAAGGACGUGUAGAUUUAGAAACCUUUCUGGAACUAAGUUACACAGCUUUCGGUGAAGAUAUGAUAAAUUAUCCGCCAGAAAUGGUAACAAAAGUAGGAACUGUCACAGCAUGCAUAUUUAAAAUACAUGGCGUGUUCCACGAUUCUAAAUUUCAUCCAAAUGAAUUAUUUCAAUUGAUGAAUCGAAUAAAUCGCUCAAAAGAGCCCAUUCCUCCUCCAAUUGUUAAAAUUAUUCGAAAAUGCUCCGCACCAGGCAACAGUAACGAUGAAGAAGCUGUAGUUGCGUUUAAUUUCAUAAUUUGUUUUAAACGAGAGAUGAUAAUAAUGCCUAGGCUACGAUCUGUUUAAUAUUGUCACAGAGUUAAAAAUUAAAAUGGUGUAAUAAAGUAGUUUCUAAUUAAAUAUUAAUAAUGUUCAUAAUUAUAUUAUGGAUAUUAUAAAUAUAUUAUAAAUAUAUUAUAUAUGUGUGUGUAUAACACGGGCUAUCGUUUCCAGUGAGAUAAGAUUAAGAUGCGUGGAAUUAGUAGAUGCAGGGAUAAAGUAAUUGCGGCGGGUUUAUUAUCAAAGGAGGUUAGGAAAAGGUGGAGGAAAUAUGAAGUAGUGAGAUAAGUAGCGGUGGAGAAGGUGAGGGGGAGUGUGGAACAUUGAGGGAAAGAGGGAAAAAGAAACAAAAAGGUUUUAAGAAGUUAAAAAAAGGAAGAAGGCAGGAAACAUCUCUAGGAAGAAAAGUUAAUAAUUUACCGACCGCUAGCGUUUCAACAGCAAACGCACGUCCGACCGGCCGCUCAGCCUAAGACUCUACUUACAGAUUUUAAUAAGAUACUCUAAUAAGAUUCUAAUAAAAAAUUACUGUAUAUGUAAUGAUAAUGACUGUUCACCGCCAUGUCAAUCGAUUAAUAACCUAUCGGUCGACGACAAACAGCAGAUUAAUAAAUUUUUGUUCGGUAAGCGUUAGAAACAAAAAGACUAUUAAUAAGCUAGCAGUCGGUAAAGUGUUAAGUGGCCAGAUCGCAAAGGAAGCGACAUAGGGUUGCCAGACAGGGAGACGAUAGUAAGAAACGGAACCGGGCGGCAGGUAUAAGAACAGAAGGAAGAGGAGUAGAAGAGGUGAGGAAGAAAGUGAUUAGGAGAAAGAGUUGGGACAGAGCCACCUGUUGGAGAGCAUGAAGGAACAGAACUAAGUAUGGUAAGGUCAAAGAAAGCAAGGGAUGAGAAGGAAAGAAUGGAGAAGAGGGCGGAGAGAUAGCAAGAGCAGGAAAGGAAGGAUGGCAGUCCGAUGAAUGGGAAUGUCUGAAGGGAGAGGAAGGGGAGGUAUAACUAGGUUAGCGAAGUAUGGAGAUGAUGGACAUAGAUGAAGUGAUUAGUGAAAUAAUAAGUGACAUAAAGAGCAAGAUGAGGUAAGUCAUGAAGCACGGAGGAGCGGUAAGUGUAGAUUGGAGAAGCGUCUGAAACAAACGGAAGAAGGAGAAAAGUAGUGGAGAAAAAAAAGGAAGUAUUGUAAGGGAGAGUGAGCUUGUUUAAGGAGAAAAUGUAUGAGGCAACAAGGAGGACAGAGAGGAUGAGAAAAGUAGUAGAGAGUUUAAUGUACGAAAGAAGGAAGAGAGACAAAUUUAGAGAGAGAAAAAGACAGAAGAUUUAUAUCCUCAAAGAGAUGAGUAUUUAAAAUAAUUAGGAUUAAAAUAAGGAUCAAAUGUAAGAUGGCAGGAAUUAAGAGAUGGAAAUGUAAAAAUGUGAUAAUAAGAAGGUAUGAGAAUAUAUUUAUGAGUGUAUAGAGAUAUGUUAGGUAGGAAGAAGACGUAAGAAUUGUAACCGUAAGGAUUUGGAUAAUAAGGAUAGUUAAUUUGAUGUAAAAAGGCAGGAAUCAUGAUAGUUAAAUGGAAAUAUAUGAAAAAAGAAUGCGUAAAAGGAUAUGAGAGUGAGAAGGUAUAAAAAGAUGAAGGGAGACGGGAGAAUUGUAACCGUACGGAGGUGAAUAAUAGAGAUUCGAGUAAGUAUUUGAUGUAAGAAGAAAGGAUUUAAAGAGGGUAAAAGGCAAAAGAUUUGUAACUUUUGAGGAUGUAGAUAAUGAGGGGUAGAGUAAAUUAAUGAUAUGAGAAGACAGGAAAUGUUAUAUGGAAAUGUAAAGGUAUGAGAGUAUUGGAAUAGGAGUGUAUAAGGAAGUUCUUAUAGGAGAAUUAGUGAAGAAAGUAAUCAUAGGAUUAGGAUAAAGUGUGCAAAAAGGGAAGUGAUAAACGACAGAAGUACGGUUAAAAUGGACAGAAUAAGAAUUAGGUGGAAUUUAAGGAAGAUAAAAGUGGUAGAGAAGAUAGGAGGAUGGAAUAUAAACAGAAAAAGGUAUGAACGGUUGAAAUGAGGAGGGGUUUAUAUAUACACAAGAUCACUUAUUGAAGUUUCAAUUGUUUGACGUUUUUAUUCGUGCACAAGCAGCAGUUUGCUCUUCAGGAUCAUCAAAUUAUCGAGACGUCAAUGAUCGAGGUUACUUUAUAGGGAGUAGAAAGAAAUGGAAGGAGCUAAGAGAUAGAAGGGAGCAAUCAUUUGUGCAAGAGUAUAGGUAAAGAAGAAGAAUUAAAAAAUGUUUUUAAAGAAUGUUUGUCAAGAGAUAAAGUGGCGUGGCAGGAAGUAUGGAGUUAGUUUUAAGAAUUUUUGUAAAAAGUUUUUGUAAAAGGAAAAGAUGUGUGAAUUAUAUAAACGAAAGCCAUGUAACCUAAUGGGAACAUUAAAAUACAUAUAUACAUACAUAA